AGAGUUUCUAUGUCGACGACUAUUUAACAUCAAUUGAUAAUGUGCAGGAUGCAAUCGAGCUUGCAAAAACCCUUGGUUUACUACUCAGAAAAGGUGGGUUCAGACUUACUAAGUGGAUAAGUAACUGUUUACAGGUUCUCGAAUCAAUUAAUCCAGAAGAGAGAGCAGAAGCCGUAAAAGAGAUUGACUUUGAGAGACUUCCUACGGAACGCACAUUGGGAUUAUUUUGGAAUACUAUGGUUGAUGCGUUUGAAUUUAAAGUUCGCAUACCGAAAUGCCCUCUCACUAGGCGAGGUAUAUUGUCGAGUGUAGCUUCAUUAUACGACCCCUUGGGAUUGUUAGCACCAUUCACACUUCCUAUGAAGCAGUUACUUCAGCGUUUGAGUAAAUUGGGACUAGGAUGGGACGAAGAGAUUCCAAGUGAGGAAGGCAAACGCUGGUUACAGAUUUUAAGUGGAUUUCAGAGGGUUGAGAACGUUAGUUUUCCACGCUGUGUAUUAUUCCCACAGUCAGAUCGCUCGCUCCUGGAACUUCAUAUUUUCUGUGACGCCUCGGAAGUUGGAUAUGGGGCAGUG